CACAAUGCAGGCAUAUGGGUUGAAAGUGCAUAUUUCGACCAAAGAUUUCGAGCGAAUUAUGGGCGUGCCUGAGGGAGGUACUGAUAUCAUCUUGAAUGGUGAAGAAGUGGGAGGAAGAUCCGAGGAACUGAAACCAUUUAGAGUAUAUUCGACACCUGAUUGUGCCCGACAGGCGAUUUCCACAAGCUUAAUGCGGAAGGCGUUGUCGAAGAUAAAAGAUAGCGGCGAUCUAUUUCUUCAAACGUUUAUUUUGUACGUAAUGGGGGUGCUAUUAGUACCUACUAGAUGAGAUGACAUUUCGUUAUCUUCGGUAUACGCUGUCACCGAUGUUGCGGACAUUCCGAAGAAGAAUGGGGCAUCCUAUUGCUUCAAUGAAUUGGUUAAAUGCAUCUGCGACCAUAAUGCUGAUGGGAGAAAGUAUAUACCGGGUUGCUUGCUAUUUUUGGAGUUAAUAUUCUUGGAGCAUGCAAAUGGUAUUUUCCAAACCAUUGAUGGAAGUUUGGAUUUGAUGAGUUGGGGGAGCGGAGACGUAGAUUUAUUGUUAACGAAAGUGGUUUCCAGAAGUUCGGGGAAAAGAUCAUCUGAGAAUGCAGGUUUGAAAUCACCUCCAAGGAAAUGGGAAAAAAGGGACGGGAAACGGCACAAAACCGACGGGGAUGAGAUGCUUCUCUGUGAGCGUAUUGAUGCUCGGUUUAGUACCAUAGAGGCUAGAUUUGACAACUUCAGUCAAGAAUUUAAAGUCGCAAUGGGUGAUGCUGCUUCCAUAGGUGAGGAGCUAAUGGGUCGGGUUAUGAAAAUGGAGAAUGAAUUUCGGGCAUUUAGAGACGAAAUUGGUACUGCAGUGAAGUCAAUUAUAGAGGAAGUGAAACCGACUAUAGGUGACCCGUUGUCAAGGGAGCAGCCUACGGAAUCGAAAAAGAAUGAUCAGAAGGAUGCGGUUGAUAAUGUGAAAGCUUCUGCAGCUGUUUUAUUGUCAACGGAGUAGCUUAUCAAAGG